UGGCCGCUACGAGUCGCGCCGGGUCGAGGUACACUGCGCCAAAGUUUGCACAGCUAUCAGCUGCUUAUCGCCUCUCUUCUCCCACAUAACCUGCCCGAAGCUGAACCAUGACCCCAGAGGAAGACUCUCUACACGCCGGGCAGGACGGCCUGGCUGACAUCAAGCCGCUCGGAGAACUCACGAUGCUGGAAAAGGCGCUUCGAAGGCCGUCCUUGGAGGGGGAGGAGGGGCACAAAACUUGCAAUUCCCUCUACAUGUCAACAUCGAUAGUCGGGCUGGUGACCCUGUGCUGCUUCGUCCUGUUCUUCAGCAGACAUUACAUCAAGGAAUUCAUCUUAUGGUUAGAAGGUCUAAACGGUGGGCUGGGAGUCAUUCUCUUCGUCGUCCUCUUCACAGUUGUGUCUUUCCCGAUGACAUGGGGCUACGUUGUUCUGAACAUCUCGGCCGGCUACUUGUACGGGUUUUUAGAGGGACUCGUCAUCGUUAUACUGGCCGUCUUCCAGGGGACUUUUGUCGCACACGUCAUGUGCAAGAGAUUCUGCGGAGAUUUCCUUUUGAACAAAAUCGGCGGGAACGCCAACUUGACUGCCAUAGCGAGAGUUCUGGAGAGUAACAGCGGGUUCAAAGUUAUCGCGCUCUCCAGACUGACCCCGAUUCCCUUCGGGCUCCAGAACGGCCUGUUUGCGGUGAGCAAAGUCCAGACGUUCAGGUACAUGACUGCCUCCACCCUGGGCCUCCUGCCGACACAAGCUCUCAACACGUACAUCGGGUCCAGCCUGCACUCCGUGGAGGAGGUGGUGGAUAACCCCUCCAGUAAUGACUACAUCGUGUUAGGGGCACAGAUUGGACUAAGUGUCCUGUUGAUGGUGUACGUUGUAAAACAAGCCCGGGUCCAGCUCAACAAAGCUCUGCUGCAGCACCAGCCCCACCUUUCCUCAGGCACCACCCUCACCACCUACCCAAAGAGGCUGAACAGUCAACAAACCAAAGAUCACCUGCACCUCAUGGAGAUGGCACAGCACAGGAGAGAUGGGGAGCUAUCCCAGCAGGCCAAGGGGCUGCAGCCAGCCAAUCAGAGCUCAGGCUCUGAGGAAUUCUGGGUAGCGGAUGAGAGGCAGCAGUAGUGCUACAUCCUGGAUGCAGGGUUACUGCCGCCCCCACCAGCCUCCUGACAGAUUGUAGCAAACCGUUUGAACGAGAUUUUAAUUUAUAAAGUGAGAUUUUAGUUUAUAGCAAUUGCUGAUGAAAGAGUUCAAUAGAUGUGUUUGUGUGCAUAUGUAUUUAUACAUGUUGAAAUGAUUAGCACAUUUGCCAACACUGCAAGUUUAAAUGGCAUGAUUCCAAAGGGGUAUUAGACAACCAUGUGCAAUUGUUGAGGGAAUAAGCCUGUUAAGUUUCUUUACAGCUACCGGUAUUGUUGCCAUACAUGAUUAUCAUAUGUAACAAAAAAAGUUAAAGUUCUUUAAUAGGAAUUUUGUCGUACAAUAUUCCGGUAUAUUGUGAUAGGGGAUAACAAGAUUUGAAUUUAGAUCAUUCCAUAUUUGACAAAGUCAUAAACCAAAAGUGCCUGUGAAGAACCAAAUUUUAAAGACGAAAUCACUUCUUGAAUGCCAGUUC